AAAACGGAAGAGGGAGAGAGGAGAGAGGAGAGAGGAGAGAGGAGAGGGGAAGGUCAUGUCAGCUGUAGCAGGCCAAAUUGUGUACUGCUGUGCUGCUGCUGCUCCACCCAUGACCCAACUACUACUGCCAAACGAGACUUCUGUGAUGUCGCUGCAAAAGAACUGGCUGCCCCUCCCAAUUAAGGCUUCAGGUCUCCUUCAAUAACUCCUCCAUCAUCUCUUCUUCCUCUCUUGUAUGUGUCAACGUUGCAAAGCUUGCUGUUAGCUAUGCCCAGGAGUUAAAAGGAAGGUGCCAGGAGUUCUUUUCUGGUAUGCUUCACUCCUCCACCAAACUCCAGCUGCUGUCAUUUUGUUAAAGGAUGUAAAUAUCUCUGUUACAUGCUUUGGAUUUGAGGGAAAAAAAUCACCUCUUCUUGGUAAAAGAGCAGGUUGAUAUGAGACAAUGGGCCUCCAGCAGAAGAUCUGAUGUGGGGGAUUGGAGACGUAAUCCUUGAAGCAGGAAGUGCAAGGUGGUUUCUCGAUCGGAAUAAAAGAAGAUAGAGGAAAGAAGGUGGCGCAAUGGCUUCCCUUUGCUGCUGCUUUGUUCUUCUUGUGGUUAGUCUUCUAUGUGGAAGCCGGCCCCGGCCGGCCGCCGGCCAGCUCCAGGAUCUCCCCACCAUGGUGGCUCUCCAGAGAGAGCUGAUGGUGGUGGAUUGGGACCCCAACAGCCCAAGCACCUACUGCUCCUGGCGCGGCGUCACCUGCGCUGGCUCGAACCAGACCGUGGUGGCGCUCGACCUCCCUCGCCUCGGCCUCCGAGGUAACAUCUCCCUCAUCUCCGAGCUCUUGUCGCUGAAGCGGUUGGAUCUUUCCAGCAAUUCCUUUCAUGGAUCCAUUCCUUCUUCUUUUGGAAACUUAGCUCUGCUCGAGUUCCUUGAUUUGUCCAUGAACAAGUUUGAGAAUUGGAUUCCCUCUUCUUUAGGCCGUAUCAGAAACCUCAAAUCAUUAAAUCUUUCUAACAACUUGCUCUCGGGUGAAAUACCUGAUGAGUUCAAGUAUUUAGAGAGGCUGCAGGAGCUCCAGAUCUCUGGGAACAAUCUUAGUGGUUCCAUUCCUGAUUGGGUUGGCAGCCUAACUGAUCUGAGGGUCUUUUCGGCUUAUGAGAAUAGUUUGGUUGGUGUGAUUCCCAACAAUCUGGGCUCUGUUUCUCAGCUGGAGGUGCUGAACCUCCACUCCAACCUGCUCGAAGGAGUGAUUCCUGAGAGCAUUUUUAUGUCAGGGAAGCUGCAAGUUUUGGUGCUGACUGUGAACAGAUUGAAUGGUAGCCUUCCGGCAUCGGUAGGGAACUGUCAAGGCCUAUCGAGUCUUCGAAUCGGAAAUAAUAGGCUUGUUGGAAGCAUUCCUGUAUCAAUUGGCAAUGUUAGUAGUCUUACAUACUUUGAGGCAGACAACAAUCACCUCUCUGGAGAGAUUGUUCCAGAGUUUGCGCAGUGCUCCAACCUCACACUUCUGAAUUUAGCCUCCAAUAGCUUCACAGGGACCAUACCUGAGAAACUGGGAGAGCUGAAGAACCUCCAAGAGUUCAUUGUCUCGGAUAACAUUCUCACCGGUGAGUUCCCCAAGUCCAUCCUCAGGUGCAGGAACCUUAGCAAGCUUGAUCUGAGCUUUAACCGAUUCAAAGGAAGCCUACCGGAAGACCUCUGCGACAUGUCAAGGUUGCAAUUCCUACUUCUGGAUCAUAACUCUAUCAGUGGGGAGAUACCUCGGGGAAUUGGCAACUGCAUAAGGCUGCUCGAGCUGCAUAUGGGCAGUAACUACCUGACUGGUAAGAUCCCACCUGAGAUUGGCAAGAUUAAGAACUUGCAGAUAGCUCUAAAUCUUAGCUUCAAUCAUUUCAGAGGGCCAUUGCCUCAGGAGCUGGGAAGGCUUGACAAGCUGGUUUCCUUGGAUGUCUCCAACAAUCAACUGUCUGGAGACAUUCCAUCUGAACUCAAAGGCAUGCUUAGUUUGAUAGAAGUUAAUUUCUCAAACAAUCAUCUCUCUGGGCAGAUACCAAUCUUUGGUCCAUUUCAGAAGAGCCCUCGUUCAAGUUUUUCAGGAAAUAAGGACCUAUGUGGUGAUCCAUUGGAUUUUAAUUGCGGGGACUAUUUCAGUUCGGUUGAUGAUUCCGAUGACCACAAGGUGUCCUACAAAAUCAUAUUAGCUGUUGUUGGAUCUGGUUUGACUGUUUUCACUACGGUAUCGGUUGUUGUCAGCUUGUUCAUGCUGAGGGAGAGACAAGAGAUGGAUGCCAAGGGUACCAUGGUUGCAGGGGAAGUAGUUGUGACUCCUCCACAAAUAACUGCUGGGAAUGUCUUUAUCGAUAGCUUGAAGCAAGCCAUUGAUUUCGACUGUGCUGUCAAAGCGACCUUGAAGGAUUCAAAUAAACUGAGCAAUGCGACAUUUAGUACCACCUAUAAGGUAGUUAUGCCAUCAGGACUUGUUCUUUCGGUAAAGAAGUUGAAAUCUGUCGAUAGAACAGUUGUUCACCACCAGAAUAAAAUGAUAAGAGAGCUCGAAAGGCUUGGAAAUCUUUGCCAUGCCAAUCUGAUGAGGCCUAUUGGUUAUGUGAUCUACGAGGAUGUCGCUCUUUUGCUUCACCAUCACAUGCCUAAUGGAACUCUGGCACAACUUCUUCACAGCACCACCGGCACUGAAUUGGAGCCUGAUUGGCCAAGAAGGCUGUCCAUUGCUAUCGGAGUUGCCGAAGGAUUAGCUUACCUUCACCACACUGCCAUUAUCCAUUUGGAUAUAUCAUCUGGUAACAUUUUUCUUGAUGCCAAUUCCAGUGCUCUGAUUGGGGAGAUAGAGAUAUCCAAGCUCUUGGAUCCAUCUAAAGGAACUGCAAGUAUCAGUGCGGUGGCUGGCUCCUUUGGUUAUAUUCCUCCAGAAUAUGCGUACACAAUGCAAGUCACAGUGCCAGGGAACGUUUAUAGCUUUGGAGUAGUGUUACUUGAGAUCCUAACAUCGCGAUUACCAGUUGAUGAGGCCUUUGGAGAAGGGAUAGAUCUGGUGAAAUGGGUCCAUAAUGCAUCAGGAAGGGGUGAGGCCCCAGAACAGAUCAUGGAUGCAAGGCUAAGUACUGUCUCAUUUGCUUGGAGGAAACAAAUGCUAGCAGUUUUGAAGGUUGCAAUGCUCUGCACUGAGAAUACGCCAGCGAAGCGGCCGAAGAUGAAGAAAGCCGUGGAGAUGCUUCUUGAAGCCAAAGAAAAUUAAAUGUAAGAUUUUCAGGAAUUCCUCCAAUGUUUCAUGCGAGAUUUAGAAUGUGAUAGGUACAAAGGCUCAAGCACUUCAGAUUUGGAGCUUCUGCUAUGCUUUCAUCAGUAAUGGUUAGGCUUCAAAUUGCCAAAAGAUUAAGAAAUUUAAAUUCUGGGAUGAAGAAGGAUGGAAGGAAGAAUGUCCCAACUUGUGCUGUGUGUUUCAGUGAAAGCCGAAGCAAGAUUUAUGUAAGUACAGUGGAUGUUGGAUGUCAUGGUGGAUUUGUUGUGAUAUGGACAUCUUCUGAGACAACAAUGCCUGUUUGCAAAGUUGAUUCAUGUCCCAAAAAAAAAAAUUAUGGUGUAUUUUAGUAGCUUAGUGGUCAAUCUGAAGAGAGGAUCUGAUUCCUCUACCGCAGAACUGUAUGUAUAAUGAACUUGACAUUGUUUGAAGACUGAAAAAGAACCAGCAAUCUAGUUCUGUACCUCGAUGUUGAUCUCUAUAGAUAGUCUGCUUUAAA